CAUUUCACAGCCCCAUACAUUUUACAGGGUGUCGCCACCUUAAAGGAUAUUUCCUAUUGGCGAGUUACUCUGAGCGGGGGCGGGGAUAAUGCUCUUCGGCUAUUCUGGUUGGAUAGUCUACCUGUCCGUCAGAAAUCUUUAGUUUACGGCCAUCUGACAGCGGUACUGCAGGGAGCUGACAGGAGCCUCUCCCGCUCAACACAUUUUCACGUAACAUUUUUUCCCAUAAUGAAAUUUUCUUUGUUUAAUUAGGUUUUCCGAAGACGCAUAUGAAGUCGCGACUAAAUGCAGUUCACUGACUGAGGGGAUUAACCUCUUAAAAGAUCUCACAAUAGACUGCUGCCUAAUUAUUCCUCACCAUGGCGACGGUUGUGAUGGAGCAGAUUGGGCGGCUGUUCAUCAACGCACAGCAGCUUCGCCAAAUCCCCCGGUUCCUGGAGUCAGCCUUCCCUAAACUGCCCUGUACUGUGAUGGUGAGCGAUGUGCCGUGGGUUUUCCGUGAGUCGCACAUAAUCACGGGCUACAGGCCGCCUGACCAGAACUGGCGCUACUACUUCCUCACUCUGUUCCAGAGGCAUAACGAAUCUGUAAAUGUGUGGACACACCUGCUGGCCUCCCUCAUCAUUUUAGUCAAAUUUCAGGAGCUGUCAGAAACCGUGGACUUCCUGCGAGACCCGCACGCCCAGCCGCUCUUCAUCCUGCUCCUAGCCGCCUUCACCUACCUGGGCUGCAGCGCGCUCGCUCACCUGCUCUCGGCCAAGUCUGAGCUCUCCCACUACACCUUUUAUUUUCUGGACUACGUUGGCGUGGCUGUCUACCAAUAUGGCAGCGCCCUGGCCCACUUCUAUUACGUCAUCGAACAAGAAUGGCACGCUCAAGUGCGAAGUUUCUUCUUGCCAGCCUCGGCCUUCCUGGCCUGGCUGUCCUGCACGGGCUGCUGCUACGGCAAGUACGCCAGCCCAAGCUUGCCCAAAUUCGUCCACAAGCUAUUCCAAGUGGUUCCCUCGGGCCUGGCCUACUGUUUAGACAUCAGCCCGGUGCUCCAUCGCAUCUAUAAAUGCUACGGCUCCGAACAAGGCUGUGCUGACCAGGCGGUGAUGUACCACUGCUACCAGGUGGUUUUCUUUUUAAUCAGCGCCUACUUCUUCUCGUACCCCCAUCCUGAGCGCUGGUUCCCGGGACGUUGCGACUUCAUCGGGCAAGGCCAUCAGAUCUUCCACGUGUUCCUUGUGCUCUGCACUCUAGUGCAGAUCGAAGCCGUGCGACUGGAUUACAGCGAGAGGAGACCUCUCUAUGAAAGUCUCCAUGGAGACUUGGCUCACGAUGCAGUGGCUCUUUUUACCUUCACAGCGUGUUGCAGCGCACUCACUUCAUUCUACGUGCGCAAACGGGUGAAGGCAUAUCUAGAAGAGAAGCAGGAGUGAGCGGGGACCUGGCUUGCACGUGUAGGAAGGAUUGCACUGGUCUACAACAAUUGAAGCAACUAACAACGAAGGACCUUUUUAUUAUUUUUCAGUGUAUGUUAUAUUUGUCGUUAAUGUUUUUGUGGCCUGCCAAUGCAUUUUGAACCAACUGCUUUCUGUUUACCAAACUGGUGACAUGCUUUAAUACCGCAUCACAUACUGUAUGAAAAAUGGCUCUAAAACAAUGGAUCGCCCGCUGAAAGGUGCCGAUUUGUUUGACGAGUGCCAUUACACAUCGCAUCCUAUUAAACCUGGUUAAAGUGAGGUGUGCGAAGGGAUGUCAGCGUUUUUUGCUGACUGGUUAGUUUGCAUACAGGAUAGUUUAGGUAGAAUGGAUCGUUGGAAAUUUUCAUAUUUGCAUUGUGCCUCUAAAUCCAACCUCAUUUUGGUGCAGCGUGCUGCUCUUAAGUAUGUUACGCAUCUGGCGUUUGCACAUUUAGCAAACACAUAUUGCAUUAAAUAUAUGUAGUAUACUAAGUUUUCUUUUACUGUGUUCCCUUGGAAUUGAACCCAUUAGCUUUGUGUUGCUCGCUAUGGUUUGAAUUACUAGGAUGCGUACAGUAAGUAAAAUGUCCCCAUGCCAUCAAAUUAGCUAAAUGUGGAACUCGGCACUUAAAUUCGCAUGUUUUUAAAUCAUGACUGAAAUAUCGCAAACCUCACAAGGAAUCUAACCGAGAGAUGAGUAAAUGAUUCAUUCAUUUAUUUUUAAAUGAAUCAGAUCUAAUUCCUCACUCUGCAGUGCUUUUUAGACAACAGUUUUCUGUUUUGGCUACUUUUACCUCAGUGAACCAAUGCAAAUUAGUGUCAAAUUGACUACUGACUUGCCUUACAGUAUGUCCGACCCGUCCAGUGCCAUGUUGAGGUUAGUUUAUGAUUACUUGCGAUUGCAAUCGAUUGGUUUUGCACUGCCAGUGCACACUUCCCUUUUUGAUGUGUGGCCUGUGAAAGAGGCCCGAAAUACCGGACGUUAUGAAAUAGACAUUAGGCAAGAUGUGACUGGAUUGCAGUAUAGUCAGAUGAAAGGAUUUCAGACGCAGCCCUGGCUGAUUUUUAAUUUGACAAAAAUGAGAACUCUGCAUGUUCUUCAUGCUUCAGAGUUUUAAGAAAGUUGCUCCUUUUUUGUUCGGGAAAUUUUAAAGGGAAAGUUCAUUCAAAAAUUAAAACGCAUCAUUUACUAAUUUUCAUGUUUUCCAAAUCUGAAUGACAUUUUGAAGGACGCUCUUACUGGCGCCCAUUGAGACGGUUACUGAGGUGCAAAAUAACUUUCGUUUAAUUUUAACUCAAAAAUAUUUUUAUAAAUAUUCAUUUUUGGGUGAACUAUCCCAGCCAAAGAGGCUUUUUGAGAAACAUCGAAUUAUCCAUUAGCUAUGAUGUCUACAUUUGUCACGACAAUGCUCCUUUUGUACGCAAGGGCUAUAACUAUGGCCUUUACCUUUACUCAUACCCUGAUACGAAUGCCUUUGUGUGUUCUGUGCAUAUGUGGAUUUUUGUAAUAGAAGUUCAGCACUUUAUUUACAAGAACAGUCUGAGCAUCAAAACUAAUGUGUUAAAUGUAUAUUCUAAUGUGCCUGACUACAUGCAUGCGUCCUUGUGUGAGUAUGCAUACAGGUGCUUGUCGUAUGUGUGUGUGUGUGUGUGUGCAUUUUUGAGUGUUUAUGUAUACCUGUGUGAAAUGGCUACUGACGAGAAAGGAUAUGAAGCUUCCCGAAGGCCUUUUAGUGACCGUGAAAUGCAUCUAGCUCUCGUAUCAUGAAUUGUGUAGCUCCCCCUGUCUUACAGCCCUUGUUCAUAAACCAACACAUCUCCAUCAGAUUGAAGGUGGAAGGAUGACUUAUUUUUCCACUGAAGUGAUUCAUAUUCCCUUGAGAUGAAUAUCGUGUCACUAGGCUAUUGCUGCAUUAACCAGGAAAGCGUCUGUGCGAUGUAGCAUAAAAGCUGGUUUAUGAUCCAGUCCCAGAAAAACAAAUUGUCGCUGUGGUAUGAGCCGUUCGAGAAGUAGCAAAUAAGCGAAGUCGUGAUAAACGGUGACCAGCAUUUAUUCUUUUUGCAACCAGGAACACACAGAGAAGAAAAAGGGGCUGUUCACGCAGAAUGCAUUUUUGCAUUUCAAAACACAAGACGCUUGGUAAUGGAAUGGAAAAAAUGCUUUGACUAGAGCUACUACUUUUUUUUUUAGCUUAUUUUAGCACUGCAUUUUUAAAAUGCUGUGUCGUGUGAAAUGCUGCAAAAGAUUUAAGCGAAACGGUCAAGUGUGCCCGUUUAUCACGUUUAUAAAGAAAACAAAUGAAAAACAGUACAGUGCAAUACAGGAUGCUAUUUUUUUUAUCUCGCUCAAAAUCGCUAGACACCGGCCAGGUUUAGAAACGUUUAAGCUGCACUUGUGCAUGUCUAGUGCAUGUUUACGUAGAACAAUAAUGGAAAUAACAGACAAUAAUCCAUUAAACAAUAACGGAUUCUGUACAAGCAUGCUUUUACGUUAUAAUAAUAAUAAAAAAAAAAAGAGUAAGGUCUAGAGUGGCGUUUUUUAAAAGUGAAUUGAACUUGAGCACUGCGUAUUUAUAACGUAUUAUGCAAGAUGCUGCAAAAGACGCGAGAUGUAGCGUGGAUUUAGCGCGAAAUGUAAAAUUGCGUUCUGUGUGAAGGCCCUCCAGUUUGAUCAGCACCAGCAGACAACAAUGAUGUCACAGAUCCAUGAUGUCAUCAAAGACUAGAACUGAUGAAGUGAUGGAAAUGUUGUCGUUGGCUCAUUUUGAUGACUAUAUAUUAAAAAUGAACGCAUAGCGGGUGGUUUAUUUAACGAAAACCAUAUUGAUCACUAUUACUUUAGAAUAUUAAUUACAUAUUGUAGGCAUUAAACAAACUAUUAACAGAAUGCGUUGUUUUAAUUGCUGUACCGCGCGGUUUAAGAGACGAACAGACCAUUUGAGAUCACAUAGUAGACGGCCAACAGGGGCCCGCCAAGAGCUGAUGUCACCGAGAAAGACAAGAGAUGAGGUCACCUCCUGGCGCCACCGGGAUCUGACCUAAGGCCUCAGUUCCCGUAAUGCUCAAGUGGAAUUUUAAGGAACUCUGUAAAUGAUUUUUUUGCUAAACUGUGAAGUGUCUCUUUCUCAAUUUCUGUACUGAUCUACUCACCUCAGAGACACUUCCAGAAUCUUUUCUAUUUCAAACAUGAUCAUGUUUAGAGAUUGUUUUAACAUCCGUGUUUCUUUUGUAUUGCACUUAAAGAGGAAGGACUGCUCAGAAAGUUACUCGAGAACCUCUUGAUUUUCUUUCAGCACUUGAACUUUUUUUUUUUUUUUCUCAACUGUACUCAACCACGAACCCUUGCACGGAGAUGAACUGACGCUCGUGUUCUGCUGCAGUGCUGAACAGGAACAAUAAAGACCGGAGAUAACCUAAACUAUACUGUUGUGUGUGGAAAUGACUGUGUUGAUGUACUAUGGUAUUUAAGUGAAUAAACAACUGUAAGUCCCACCUCCA